AUGGCUGACUUCAUUCGUUCUCGUUAUUUUGUUGGGUUUGGGGGAAGAAGUGGAGAUUAUCGAACGAGGAUAAAGGAUCUAAUUACGUCGAAAGAAUUGAACGAGGAGCCGUAUGCGAGUGGCAGUAAGGAUGACUUAUCUGUCAAUUUUGACACUAUUAACCCGAAAAAACCAAACUCUGCGUUACGUAAAGCUGCCAGAGUACGCUUAACCUCAGGAUUUGUAAUUACUGCUUAUAUACCUGGUAUUGCCCAUAAUUUACAAGAACAUUCUGUAGUCUUAGUAAGAGGGGGAAGGGUUAAGGAUUUACCUGGUGUGAGAUAUCACAUUGUUCGAGGACCCCUAGAUGCUGGCGGAGUAAGGGAUCGUCAACAAGGGCGUUCAAAAUAUGGAGCCAAAAAGCCAAAAUAA